AAUCAUAGAUAGCAAUUGACUCGUAGAAAAGCUUACAAUGGUACACGAAAUUUACGAUUACUCCUUAGACCAACUCACUGCUCUUGAAGAAGGUACCGUCUUUGAAAAGUUUGAUGCCGAAGUUGCAUGGAAACUUGGUAGUUAUGCUCGAGAAGUUUCCCUUCAAAAAUUUCCAAACAAGGCAGUCAUCAUUGACAUCACAUUGAGCUCCGGUCACAUUUUAUUCCACACUGCCUCUCUUCCAGGUACCACAAUUGAUAAUGACAAAUGGGUUCAAAGAAAGGUCAAUACUGUCUUUAGAUUUGGAAAAUCCAGUUUCUUUAUGGGCCAAAAAUUGAGACAAAAGAAGCAGCCAUUGGAAGAUGUGUACUUCAUUUCAUCAAAUGAUUUUGCCACUCAUGGGGGAAGUGUUCCUAUUAGAGUCAAAUCACAUGAUGGUGUUAUUGGAGCUUUGACAAUUAGUGGUUUAGCUCAAGAAGAAGAUCACUUGUUAGCUGUUGAAAUUUUAAAGCAAUUCAACAAAUAAGCAAUAAUUCGCUACCUAUGCUUCUCAAUAUCCAUAUAUAGAGGGAAAUUUAUAAACACUGUGGUUAAGUUAUUAUUCUGUAGAAUCCUCCUUCAUCAAAUAAUACGUUCUAGCAGCUAAUCUCUCAGCAUGAGCAGAUAAUUUCAACAACAAUUCGAUAUAUCACCCUCUAAUAAGCGUGUAUAUUAAGCUUUAGAGGCGGGCAUGUCUUUGUAUUAAGGACGAUAUAUUUAAAUGGUCGAGGUUGAAUGAACAUGCUUGGCUUGGCACUUUAGAUUCAUAUUUCGCUAGUGACUAUAUUUACACAGUUCAUAUAAAAUUUCAGCACGAAAAAAAGUAUGUUAAAAUUUUCAAUUUGAAAAAUGAGAGUAGUCAGCUUAUGAUCUAUUCAGUCUGUAACACCUAACUAAUGUCUUCACUUGCCAAAAGCAUACUCGGUAGCAGUAGGGUAAUUAUUGGCUUAACUGCCAAUCCUGUAAAUUUUAUCCAAAUACGUACUGCCACUAAGAGAGUUGCUAGUUCUAGAACAAAUAACAAGGACUCUCCAGGUAAACGUCUUGGUCCUAAGGAAAGUGAUGGGAGCUUUGUAAAGCCUGGUCAUAUUAUCAUGAGACAAAGAGGUACCAAAAUACAUCCUGGUGAAAAUGUAAGAAUUGGUAAAGAUCAUACAAUUUAUGCAGUUGAACCGGGAUUUGUCAGAUAUUACAGAGAUCCUUUCCACCCAUUAAGAAAGUAUGUUGGUGUUGCAUUGAGAAGAGAUUUGACUUUGCCAAAGGAUCAUUUUGAAGCCCGAGUAAGAAGAUUUGGCUAUAUUGAAAUUAAGGAUCCAGAAGCAGCUGAACGAGAAGAAAAUGUCAAAUCUAGAAAAGAACUUCUCUACCAACCAGAACUUGAAAGAAAGCUUAAAGAAAAGGAAGAAGUCAGUAAAGCAAACUUGUCCGCAUUUUCCAAGGGACUAGUGAAUGAUUUCAAGUUGGAACUUUCUGAUGAGGAACUUAGUUUGGCUUCCUCUAGAUUGCUUGCUGUCUUUGAACUUUCUCAAACUGGUCAAACAUGGGAAGCUGCACAAACCCAAGAAACCUUUAGCCAAAUUUAUUUGUUAAAAUUGAGAGCUAAGCGUGGCGAGAUUAGUCAAGAAGAAUUUGAAACACUUAAGAAGCAAUAUAUCGAGAUAACCAGCAAGAUUGACAACGAGGUUUCAGUCUCUUGGGAUGGUAAGCUUUGUAAAUAUUUGAACCCAGAAGAAUUAUCAAAGAAAAAGCAAGAACUCAAAGCAAGUAUGGAAUCACUUUUGAAAGAAAAGGGGACUACCAAAGAAUAUAGAAAGGAGGUCGCUUCUCUCAUUAAUACUAUUGGUGUUUUCAGUCAAGCAGAAAAGAAGCAACUUGAGACUAUUUACUUGCCCUCCGAGUUACCAUACUCUGUUCCUGGAUCAGUGAUUAAGGGCGUUAAUCCGAAUGAGGUUGCCAAAGAUGUCAAAGUUCAACAAAUUUAUGAUGAAUCUACCAAAAAGUAUGCAUUCAUUGGCAGACCAACAACUGUAUUUGAAUAGAGUCAUGUAAAUAACACUCCAUAUAUAUACUUUGUAAAUAGAAUAUACUGAAAUCAUAAAGUGAACUAACGCGAC